AUGGGGUGGUGUGCAUUUGCGCGCUGCGAGGACACCGCGCAGGACGCGACCGUUGUCGCACUGCGCGACUAUAUCGAGAGUGAUGGCGCAGGUGGAGAAAUACAGGAACAGGUUGCGUUUGCCGAGAAAAUGGUGCGCGUUUUGCGCAAAGCACUGCCGUUGCACGGCUCUGCGUACGAAAGUGUGCUGGGCGACGCACUGCGACUCAUGAGCCGCGAGUUGGCGACGAGCGCGGUAUGGGCGCAAUCGGAUGUGUUUGUGGCGCUGAGUGCGUUUGCAUUUGAGCAGCGUAUCGAGAAUGCGGCGCGCGAUUCCUACUUCCGCGCGAUCCACAAUACGCUCUUUUACUGUACAGACGUUCGCGAUGCAUGGUUUGCGCAGUUCCGUUCAUCGCUGCUGGAUGCGCUGGAAGACGAGGCGGUGGUGGCGACUCUUUGCGUCGAUUCAGCGCUUGAGGCUCAGUUCCGUGUGCUUGUAAGGAUCAUGUUGAUCGGCGUACAGUGCACAAAUUUCCACACGCUCAAGAAGGAGGUGCACGAGCGCCUCGUUACUGCGUCGUUUGCUAUUAUAGAGCGGCUCAAGAUGCCAGACGAGACACCACCGGGGUCAUGGAUCCCGUCAGAUACCUUCUCCACUGCAAUGGCGCUGGUGCUGCACUCGAUGGACGAGCAGCAUCCAGAUAACCGGGCCAUGCUCCCCCUGCUAUAUGACGUGCUUGUUGCAUUGAAGGAAGAGGAAUGCGAGCUGUCCAUGACCAUGCAGCACGCACUGGGCUUGAUUGUUUUCAUUGGGACCCAGUGGCCAAGAGGAAAAGCGCGCUUGCCGGCCGUCGAGCGCAUCGCAGAGAUGCUUGUGCGUUUGCUAGACAGAUGCAUCGAUGUCACCACCGGCGACUUGAAUGCAUGCACAAAGCAGACGAGCAGUGACUUUGUCGCGAUGCAAACAUCCGCGUGGCUGUUCCUUGCGGGUGUAUGUUCAUCGUCGCUCGACCUGUGCUGCGCGGUGGAGCGGCAUUUUUACGUGCACAAGGACGUCCAGGCCACACGAGAUCCCCCGCUCCAGCCGCGGGUCCGGGCACUGGAGAUAUGCAUGAGCAGCGAAACGCUGAUCACGCUCGAGGCCUAUAUAGGCUACGUCUUGUUCCUCACAAGCAAAAAAAACCCCUCGCUAUUUCUCCAGCGCUUUUCUUGGGAGCGGUGCAUGGGCGUGCUGUACAUGGAAAAUAUAGAGCACACGGUGGGUGCCACCGAUGCUGAGCUGUCUAGGAAGCAUGUGCACCCAUACAAUAAGCACGCCCCGACCGAUCUCGCGUCCGCACAGCUGCUCGAGGCACUCUUGACCGUGAAAAAGUGCGGCACGAUCGUGAUGGAGAACCCUGUAGAAGCUGCACACAGGCAAGGCGUGCUUGCCGACGUGGAAGCACAGAUGGAAGCAGCUGAGCGAAAAGAGGCUAGAGACGAAGAGGUUGCUGUGCAAGCUGCUUUGGAUACAUUUGCGCGGCAAAAAAGCAGGCAUCUUGGACAAGGUGCGCCCACACGCCCCGAAGCGCUCGUUAAAGUAGCACCGCCGCCCAAUGCGACCUAA